GCGGCGCCCAUGAGUGAAGGGUCUCCAGCCUUGGAGCCUGGCGCUGCUCCUUAUGGCAACUUCCCUAAUUAUUCCCGCUUCCAUCCGCCCGAGGGGCGAGUCAGCCUCCUGCCUGGCGGGCUCUUGCAGAGCCUGUUCCCCGCCGCGGCCCGCCCGCUUCUGGGGCUCGAUGUGGGGUGCAACUCGGGGGAGCUAAGUGUGGCUCUGUACAGGCAUCUCCUUGGCCUUCAGGAGAGCAAAGGCUGCCUGGACCAGCCUGCAGCUGGAAAGGAUCUAAACCUUCUGUGCUGUGACAUUGAUCCAGUGUUGAUUGAGAGGGCUCAGCAGUGCAGCCCCUUUCCUGCCUCCAUGUCCUUUGCCAACCUGGACAUCAUGGACUCCAGUGCCCGGGAGCCAAUCCUGCGCUCCUACCUGGGCCGUUUUGGCCGCUCCACCUUUGACAUCGGUUUUUGCAUGUCUGUGACCAUGUGGAUCCACCUGAAUCAUGGGGAUAGUGGCCUGAUGGAGUUCCUGUCCUUCCUCUCCUCUCUGUGCAAGUACCUGCUGAUUGAACCUCAGCCGUGGAAGUGCUACAGGGCAGCUGCACGCCGCCUUCGGAAGCUGGGCAGAAAUGACUUUGAUCACUUCCGAUCUCUUGCUAUUAAUGGGGAUAUGGCGGAGAGGAUAACCCAGAUCUUAACGAAGGACUGCGCCAUGGAGCUGGUGUGCUGCUUUGGGAGCACCAGCUGGGACAGAAGCCUCCUGCUUUUUAAAUCAAAUGGCUCAAAUCGUGAGGGCAGGGAGUCUUCAGAACAGGAGCAGUGACUGACAAAUGGCUUCUGACAUUCAUGAAUUCACAGGCAAGGAGCUGCUUGCUGUUUACAGGGUCAGAUCUAGGAAUUUGUAAAUCCCUAUUGGGACCAGACCUUGACCGACCUAGGGAGU